UACUAUUAGUAUUGUAAACCAAAGGUUUACUUACUAGUCUUGUACAAUUACAUAUUUUUGCGCUAGAUGAAAAAGUACAACACAAUAAAAGAGAAAUGUGAUUUUGGGUUGAAGUGUUGGGUGCAAUAAUAAUAUACACACACACGCGCGCGCAUGUGUCACAAAAUAAUUUUGUUGAGCAAUAAUUCUGAAAGAAAUGAGCUCAAUAGUCUCUCAUCCGAUGUUCUCUUUGUGUUAUUACAAUUGCAACAAUACUUUGUAACAAGUUGGAGUUAUCCUCGUAUUUUUAUGAUAAUUAUAUUAUUUAAGUUUGUAUAAGAGAGUGCGUACGUUGUCUCAAUGUUGGUUGUGUAAGGUGAGUUUUUUUUUGUUACAACGCGUGUCUAGAGAGUAUACAUUUUUAAUCAUAAAUAAAACAGCCUUCAAACAGAUGUUAAGUCUGCGGCACACAAUGAUGUUUCUUUUUUUUUUAUUUAUUUAUUUUUUUUUUUUGAGUGCUAGAUCGCAUACGGGCAAAGAAUGAAUUGACUAUCAAUUUGAUUUGGAAUCAAAGAAUUGUCAAAUCGUCGUAAUGCUCGCGCGCGAUUCAGCACUAAAACAAAGCUUCAUUGUGGGCUUUUGUAUUAUCACAUAAACAAGCUGUCUGUAUAAUUUUCAAGGAACAGUGAAAAAAUAGAGCUUUACCAUUUGUAUGUAUUUCCGAAAAUUUGUCACUUGAGGCUGAAAUAAAAUAUUUUUACUACAUACGCUAUUGAGAUGUUUUUUAAAAUUCCCACUUUUUGAUCAUUAAUAUCAGUGCACAUGUGUCAAUUUUGUCACGUGUUCCGCCACAUACGCGCCACCAUUUAAUAGGUAUUCUCUGCUUUAUCAUGCUUGCUGUACGAGUGUUUACGAUGUUUAUGAUCCUAUUAUGAUUUACUUUAACUAAAUUGCGUUAGUAUUAAAAAAAUUGUUUGAGUAGAAUUAAAAAAUGACGUUGUAUCAUUUUGGAAAUUGCUUGGCGUUGGUAUACGUGCCGUAUUAUUUGGCCUACAAGUAUUCCGGCUUAUCGGAAUACGGUGCUUUCUGGAAAUGCAUUCAAGCCGGUGGGAUUUACAUCUUCACUCAACUCGUGAAGAUGUUAGCGCUUGCUACCUUUUUCCCAACAGGUGACAGUGUCGAGGGAGAGAGCUUUGAUGUCUUUGGAGAAUUUUUAAAAUCAUCUAUUGAUCUAGCGGAUCUGGUAGGGAUUUUACUGGUGUUAAAUAGCAUACCUGGCAAGGGCCACGCCAAGGUAUUGACUGCUGGUAUAGGAUGGGCAGGAGCAGAAGUAUUGCUUACGAGAUUCUUAUUGCUUUGGGUUGGGGCACGUGGUGCUGAGUUUGAUUGGAAGUACAUUCAAAAGAGUCUAGAAUCAAACAUUAAUCUGGUGCAACACAUAACGACAGCUGCGUUGGUUUGGUUGUGGUCUAGACACGACUUACAACGCAGUUUAUUUCCCAUUGUUGUUGGCAUGCUCAUUCUCACAGUGUAUAAAUCGCUUGUAUUGGAUUUUCUCACAUCAAUUUUGUUAACUGGCCCGUGGUGGAUGCUCGUUAUCAAAGCGAUUACCACGUUAUUUAUGGGAGCGACGACGUUGCAAAUUUAUGCGGGUCUUGCUCAUUCAAUUGGAAUUUUCUAAAUAAUAUAUAAAUACAUGUGUAUAUUUAUUUAUUCA